AUGCGUAGUUUAAGUAGAAUCCUUUUCCGUCGUUCUUAAUUAUUGAUAAAUAGAGUGGCAGUUCCUUUAAGACAUAAAUGCGUUUAUGGAUUCAGUAGUGGUUUUAACAAUAACUCUAACAUUAAGUUGAAAACAAUUCCUCUUUAAAAUUACUCAUGUGAUCCCGAGGAGGUUGACUCUAAAAUAGGCUCAACUGAUUUUUGUCUAUUUAGUUCAGUCCAGCCUAUCUUUCCAAAUAAUCCUAUGAAUUGCCAAAUCAAGAUAGGGAAUCUCAAACGUAUCACUAAGCCCCUUCUUUACACAAUCAUAUCGCCAGACAAUGGUGAAAUCUUCACGAUUGGAAUUGCUUUGAGUAAACAGGUCGAAAAAAAUUUGAAUUCUGAACUCAAAGUAUUGGAAUAAAGAGAUUCGAAUGGGAAUAUUUUGAUCAAUGAUCCAAUGAGCAAUACAUUCAAUUUAGAUAUAAUUUCAAAGUCUAAAAAUUACCGAUUCAAAAUAACCAAAAUUGAAAUGACUCCAGAUGGUAUUUUCGCAUAAGGAAUACCCUACAAAGAUCGUCCACUUACUUAAGCAGAAUAAUAGAUUGAUGUCAAAAAUGAAGUUAAACAGAUAACUUCACUUGUAGCUUAAAUCAGAAAAUUAGGUUAAAUAGACAGACUAGAAGCCUUUACAGAUGUGAAGUAAUCCCUUCUUGACUCAAGCGAAAAAUUAACAGCCACUCAAAUAGAUGAGUUAGUCUAUCAAGUUGCUGCUGGCCUUUCAAAAUUGCAAACCAGCAAUUUGAAAUUGAACACAUCCUAAUUUGUCUAAUAGUUAUUAGAAAGUCAAACAUAUAUUGAAAGAAUGUUCAUUUUAAGAAAGCAACUUGAAAACAUGUCAGGAGUCUUAGAUUUAGUUAACAAACACUUCAAAGAAUCAGAUUCUUCAUUAUUGAAAUUGCAUCAAUAAACAUUAGCCAAAUUAGCAACUGAAUAUAUCAGAUAGAAUUAUUUGAAAGAUGCUCCCAAUUCAUAGUCUUAUGGAGGACCUGCUGGAUCUCAAUCCUAAGUUGGAGAAAAGGUAUUUGUUUCAGUAAUUUAGCAAAAGUAAUCGGUGUUGGUUAAGAAAUAUUAAGACAAACUCUCUCUCAUUACAGAUGAAUCAUCAAGAGAAAAAGUAAAAAGAGAAAUCGAAAGAUUCAGUCUUCUUGAUAAACAAAGUUCAGAAUUCCACAAGAUCAAUUCCUAUUUAGAUGAAGUCUUCAGUAUUCCAUUUUCUAAAUUCACUCCUGUUUAAUGGGAUAUCCAAUACGCAAAAGAUGUUCUAAACAAAGAAAUUGAGGGAUUGGAAAAGGUGAAGGAAAGAAUUAUCGAAAUGAUUUCAGUCAAUAAAUUGAAGAAUUCAGGUUAAAAAGCCAAAGGUUUUAUUCUCUUAUUGAACGGUCCCCCAGGAACUGGUAAAACAUCAAUUGCAAAGAGUAUUGCCAAGGCCUUAAAAAGAAAUUCAAGAUUCAUCUCUUGUGCAGGUGUUGCUGAUCCAACAUUCUUUAAAGGACAUAAAAGAACCUAUGUUGAUUCAAUGCCAGGAGUAUUUAUUAGAGAACUAAUAAAAUCAAAUACAAUGAAUCCUGUCUUUAUUUUAGAUGAAUUGGAUAAAGUCUCAAAACAUCAUGCUGGUGGAUCAGAUCCGUAUUAUACGUUACUGGAGAUUUUGAAUCCUGAAGAGAAUCAUAACUUUACAGAUCACUAUAUGGAUAUCAGUGUAGAUUUUUCACAUGUGAUCUUCAUUUUAACAUCGAAUGACACACUCUAAAUGUUAGAACCACUUAAAAAUAGAUUAGAAACAAUUGAUGUCUAAGCAUAUAUUUAAGAAGAAAAAUUACAGAUUGCUACUAAUUUUCUUGUUAAUAAAAGCAUAGAAAGUAAUGGAAUAAAAUAAUAGAUGAUUAAAUAUGAUAAUGAAACUCUGACUAAAAUAAUUAAAGCAUGGUGUUAUUAGGAGAGUGGAGUUAGAGAAUUAAAAAGAUGUUUGGAAAAGAUUGCCAGAAAGCAUGCGACUAAUUUAUUAACUGCUAAUCCUAAUCUAUGUGAAAAGGUUGAUGAAUUGAAUUAAGUUGUAUUUGAUCCUACAAUUUCAAGUUUAGAUUUAACCAAAGAUAAAAACUUAGAACUUAUAUCCUAAUAUUUAGGGCCUCCUGUUUUUGAUAUUUAAUUAGAAUAGAGAUCAAUUAAAAAGUUUCCACCUGGCUAAGUUAACAUUCUAACAGUUGGCGGUAUGAUAGGACAUGUUUUAACUGUUGAAAGUUGUUUUGAUGAUAGUGAAAUAGAAAAGAAAGGAUAAAUUGUAGCCUCUGGAAACAUUAAAUUAGUUUUAUAAGAAUCAUUAAAAUUAGCCAAAAUAAAUGCAUUUAAAUAUCUUAAUGAAGAAUAAAAAUUAUUACUAUCAAAAUCAGCCAUCCAUAUGCAUUUUACUGAAGGAGCUACUCCUAAAGAUGGGCCUUCUGCAGGCACAGCUAUUACUACUGCCUUAAUUAGUUUAGUUACCAACUUUACAGUCCCUAGUAAUUUGGCUAUGACUGGAGAAAUCUCUUUGAAUGGCUAAGUUUGCAAAAUUGGCGGUCUACAAUAAAAGCUUAUUGCUGCCAAAACACUAGAUAUAGUUGAUAUCCUUCUGCCUUAUGCUAAUUUAGGAGAUGCUUUGAAUUUACCAACUUAAUUAUUAAAGGGACUCAAUUUGUAUUUCGUGACUGACUAUCAAUAAAUUUAUGAUUUGAUUUUUGAUUAAUAGAUUGGAAAUGCUAAUUAUACAGUAAAUACAAUUAAGAAUGGAAUUUAUGAAACAAUUUAAAAUAGAUCAAAAGAGUAAAUAUAAUAAUCAAUUAAUUGUUGA